AUGCUUCGACUAAACUUCCCCCUCACCACCCUUCUCCUCCUCCUCUCGCUCAGCCUCUGCUCCCUUGCGCAGCCCAGCCGCGACUCUGGGCCGUCCCGUUUCACCCGCAAAAAGUAUGUCACUAUCAGCGGCAAGCGCAUGGCCUACGUGGAAGUGGGCACUGGCGACCCCAUUGUCUUCCUUCACGGCAACCCGACCUCCUCGUACUUGUGGCGCAAUAUCAUGCCCUUCCUCGAAGGCAAAGGGCGUCUCAUCGCCCCUGAUUUAAUCGGCAUGGGCGACUCCGACAAGCUCGACAACAGUGGCCCAAACCGCUACACUUUCGUCGAGCACACCAACUACCUCUUCCCGCUGCUCGAGGCCAUCGGCGUGAAGGAGCGCGUCACCCUGGUCAUCCAUGACUGGGGUUCCGCUCUAGGCUUUCUGUGGGCGUACUACAACCGCAAUAAUCCCGAAGCGGUCAAGGCCAUCGUGUUCUUCGAGGCGCUUGUCGCCCCCUUCCCCUCGUUCGACGAGCUUCCAGACGGCACAGAGGAGUUUUUCCGCCCCUUGAGGAGCCCGGCGGGCGAGAAACUGGUGCUGCAAGAGAACUUUUUCCUGGAGGAAGCCCUCUUUGGUACAGAAAAUUUCAGCGAAAAGGAUAAAGCAGUCUACCGCAGGCCGUAUUUGAAACCAGGAGAGUCGCGUAGGCCAAUGCUGACGUGGCCGAGGCAAAUUCCCAUCGGUGGUAAGCCGGCGGAUGUCACCGCACUGAUCGGUGCGUACUCAAAGUGGCUCGGGAAGGCAAAGAUUAGGAAGUUGUUCAUUAACGCUGAGCCGGGCAUCCUUUCGUCUUUUGCCAGGCCGAUUGUGCGGAAGUGGCCUAUGCUGACGGAAGUUACGGUUCCGGGAUUUCAUUUCAUACAGGAGUCAGUCCCGGACAGAAUUGGCCGGGCUAUUAAGAAGUGGUUGUGAUUGUAUCAGAAGAGGUUAUGGCAGAGUUGCCGCCUGUUAUCGUUAACUAAAUGAUAGACUUAGAGUUUAUGUUCAAGUGACUGCACGAGCAGUUCAUCGCAAUAACGGGAGCUUGCACAAAUUGUGUACGAUAUUUCGCGUUUUCGCUUCCUUUUGUUAACAAAUGUAAGUUCGAGAAAAAUGUGAUGUGUACCUUCUUUUGUCUGCUC